CUACCUUUCUCGAAUGACUGGGCUUGUUGGUGCUCACGCCCGUACCUGUUGGCUUAGCCGGGCAGACACCUGUCAUACGGAGAGUACUUUCUCUCUGCGAACACACACGUACACACACACACACAUAUACAGACUCAUUCUGACUUGACACAGGACUUAACCAGCGUUUAUAUACAGCUAAGUGAACAUUGGUCUCUUCUUCUGAGAACGCUGGGACAAUCUGAAUACAAGUAGGUCAUUUAUACACCAAGUUAAGGGUGGAAAAGAGAGGAACAUACCUGAAGAACAGUCAUGUCUAAAGAGGGGGACCGAGCAUCUGUGUUUCGUACCACCAAGGUGCGCACCAAGUUAAAGGGAGACAACAGCUGGAUGCAGCGUGGCGGCCAGGCGGAGACCGGCGAGGAUGAGAAGCCAUGGAUGGCUGAGGUCCGAGCCAGACGUCUGGAUUCAGAUCAGGAGUCCAGCCCACCGGCCUCGCCAACCCCCGCCACGGCGCCCGUCGACAAGCCCACAUUAGAAAAAACACCCACGUCAGGUUAUUUGAUCAGGGGUGUUUUUACAAAAAUGGAAAACAAGCCCGCUCCUUCCUCAAAGACAAAUGGCUUCAGAACCUCCCCGUCCGUUGUGCGCCCGGCCCCGCUGGACCCCAAAUCCAGCCCGCCGGCUCCGAUCGAGGGCCAGCUCAGCGUGGAGGAGCAUGAGAAGCGCACUGAGGCAGCCAGCAACGUUUUGAAUAAAUCCUCGGUCAGACAGCGGUCCUAUGUGCAUUCGGCUGCCAAGCAAUUUGAGCAUACAGAAAAAGAGCCUGACACCUCAGUAAACAGCAGUCUAUCUUUUGUUGCCAAAAGGGUGGAGAUAACAGAUGACGAUGAGGCUGAAGCACCUGCAGCUACUGAACCCCAAACGAUCCCUUCCAUCUCCACCACCCCUCCCUCUCCCACUGCUCCUACCCCGGCUCCUCUCCCGGUCUCUACCCCUGCUCCUCUCCCGGUCUCUACCCCUGCUCCUCUCCCGGUCUCUACCCCUGCUCCUACCCCUCUCCCGGUCACUACUCCUGCUCCUCUCCCAGCCUCUACCCCUGCUCCUCUUCCGGUCUCUACCCCUGCUCCUACCCCUCUCCCGGUCACUACUCCUGCUCCUCUCCCGGUCUCUACCCCUGCUCCUCUCCCGGUCACUACUCCUGCUCCUCUCCCAGCCUCUACACCUGCUCCUACCCCGGCUUCUCUCUUGGCCUCUGACCCUACUCCUCUGCUGGCCUCUGCCCCCGCUCCUCCGCCACCCCGCCGCUCUUCUCCUCUCCCAUACCGUGUCCCACCCAAGCUCCCAGCCCGUCCCACACCGCAGGCACUAGUGAAAACGAGUGUGGAAACUGUGGCGGCGGAUGAAGAGGUGAAGGCUCCCGAGCCGGUGGUUGUGGCCCCCGAACCCGUGGCCCCCGAGCCCGUGGCCCCCGAGCCCGUGACCCCCGAGCCCGUGGCCCCCGAGCCUGUGGCCCCGGAACCCGUAGAGGAAGCGACCUCCUGGGUGGUGCUCCCCCAGAAGGACGCGCCAGUGGUGGUCACCUCGGCGCCGGUAGAGGACGACGACCUGUUCAAGGACAUGAAACCUGGGUGCACCAAGGUGGACACCCCGCUCCCCACGCUGAUACUGGAGCCCCAGGGGGGGCCCUCGGCCUGGGAACGGGAGCUGUGUGAGAUCAAGGACUCAGGACCGUUGCGGUCUGUGCCCGGCCCCGUCGCCCAAACCCUGGUCCAGGAAGAAUCCACUGUUUGUGAGCCGUUAUCCCCGAACAAGACCAGUUCCGGCGGUCACACGCUUACUGAAUUGUCCGACACUCUAAUUUUCUUCGACAAACGCUCAACGAGUUUAUUGGACAGUCCGAUUGAAGCUGUCGUGCCUGAACCUACCAGUCCGGUUUCAAAAAGUUUGCCAGUGGAUGAGUCAUCUUUGGUAUCAACAAGCCCUGUUACAAGCCCAGUAUCCAAAGAAUGUGUUGCGGAGAAACCAGUCCCGGAAAUCAGCCACUGCAUAGUAAUGACCGAUGACCUUCUAGCUCUCACCGAAGGGCCUGAGGAGUCGGUCAAACUGGUUCCUUCUAGCCCGGGUCACUGGAGUCAGGAUCUGCUUGGUGGAACAGAGAGCCUCUCAGGCCCAGUGGGCAACAGCCUGGACCUCCUCGCCCAAGAUGUCAUCCCCAUUAACACAGAGGAGCACAGCCUGAGCACCGACGUGAAGCAGAAGACACAACAAUGGGAACAGAAGUUUACAGACACACAGAGCCCAACAGAGACAUUCAGCACGACUACUACUGAUAUAAGCAGAACCGAAACCUACCCAGCCUCCUGGGGCUCACAGGGGACACCCACCACAGUCUCCACAUCAAGCUCGACUGAUCCGUUUGAUCCAUAUCCGAUAGGGACCACAUCUCCUAACAGCUCUUCUGACCCGAUGCCGCCCCUCUCUGCCCAUUCCAUCAAGAGCUCUGUAACCCUCGUGUCAAACACUUCACCUGAAGAAGAGCUGAACUCAGGAUUCAGUGAGAGCACUCAUGCCUUGGAGCUCCUGGCAGACGACGUCACCCCGAGCGACACGGACACCAAAAGCCUGAGUUCCCGGCGUUCCUGGGCACGCACAUGGGAGACCGACACAUCCACUGACGAGAGACAAGAGGAUGUGCCUGCAAGCCGAGGAGAAGAUCAACAGACACUGGUCACGUUUGAGAGGAAGUCCCUGGAAAAUGACUCCCCAUGGGACAGAUGGACAUCACCCAGUGUCGUUACAGUCCCCAUAGAGGAGGAGGAACAGGAAGAAGGAAGCCCCGGGGGGACGGAAACACACACCGUCACCACCGUCACAACCCUCAGGGAAACAUACAGUGAGCCAGAGCCAGCUAUGGAUCGUUUCCAAACGUGCUCCGGGAGCGUGACGACAGAGGAGAGCCAGCAAGAAGAAACACCUGAGCCCAAAAAGCCGUUUGUGUACGUGAAGGAGUACGUUAAUGCGACGGAGACGUCUCUGCACAACGCCUUGGACGACGCUGGAAGUGGCUCCGACAUCGAGACAUCAAGCUCUGCCGGUUAUUCCUACAGCUCGCCCACUUCCUACGCCAGGGCCGCUUCGUCAUCCACCUGUAACUACUGCGGAGAUCUUGUGGGAAACGAGGCCAAGAUCACCAUCGAACAUCUCAAUAUCAACUGCCACCCCGACUGCUUCAAGUGCGGUGUAUGCAGUAGGCCUAUGGGGGACCUCAUCUACAGCAUGUUCCUCCAUGCCGGUGUGGUCCACUGCGAGAGCUGCUACUCCACCCUGGACUGAACACACGUGCCCUCCAAGAACCCGCCCACUCCCAUCCCACCCUUCCUCUCGAAGCGCAUGUGGAAUUAAAAGUCACAGGUUAUUUGCAUUAUCCUAUAGCACCGCUCUUUGUUAUAUAAGGCUAAACUACAGUUGAUGCCGUUAGUUUGAACGUCGGAUUUCGACAUUGCAAUCCUUUUCAGUUUAAGUUUGUUUUUCUUUCUCUCCGAUGGUGAAUAUGGUGUCUGUUCCAGUGCACUACGAAGGAUUUGUCUCACACACAAUGAAACUGUGAAUAGACUAAAGCUGGUUUUUGGGUACAAUACACCAUAUGGUAGUAAUUGGGAUGAAUAUACAUAAAAGAUCAUUUUUAUAAAAAGUUAACUUUUUAUUUCUUGAUGUACAAAAUAUGUUCACUUUCUGUGAUCCUUUGCUUUUAAAAUAAAGUGAUUUACAGAAUCCCCGUAUAAAUGUGUGUUUAUCUGGCUGGUAACGUCAGCCCCAUGCACAUGAUUAUUAAGUCUACAGGCUGCAUAUUUUAAAGGGAGGCAAUUCCCAAUUUGAACAUUAACAUAUUGCACAGAUGGUGAACUAAGGUUAGGCUAGUGGAACAUCUGCAAUUUCUCAAUAGUUGCAGGCGGUUUUAUACAUUACAGUGCCAGUGAGAUGUCCCUUGAAGCUAUUGCACAUGGAUUAACUUCCUCUAGGAAUUCUGAACUUAACUUUUGUAAAUAUUACAUUUGCCUGUUUUCUUAAUAUCCUACAGUCAGACACCAUUUUCAUUGCAUAUCUCUACAUCCUUAAUUAGUCAGACAAUAUGUUAAUGCAGAUUAAGAUUAUGCAACUACCUGCUGUGCAUAACAAAAGAGCAUAUUCAGC